AUGUAUCGUCGUUACUCACGUGGUGUAGUGAAUCCAACGGUAUUUCAUCCCAUCAUCACAUCUGCAGUUGCGUGGUGUUCAUCAGGGAAAGAUCCAUCAGAGCCACCGAAGCCACGCCGCACAGUUCGUCGUGUUUUACCGUCUGAUGAAGAGAUGGCGGAAUUACAUAAUGUAGAUCGGGAGGCCGCUGCGGCUGUUCAUAUUAGUCGUGAAGAGUCUCUACUCGCAAGUGUGUCUGUGGAACCCAUGCGGUUUGCUUCCACUGCAGAUAUUUCUUCACGCAUGCGUGAAGAUCCCUUUUCAGAUCCAAUGGAUGAUGAUCAUGAUGAUAAUGCUGUAGAAGAAGGUGUUCAUUCAUAUUAUAAUGGAAUGAAUGAAAUGGAAAGAGAGGAGAAUACAUUAUUGCGGGAAUCACACUCUACAAAGGCAUCACCGCCUAUUGAUAUCCUUCUUCAACAACAACAGCAGGGAGAAGAAGAAGAAGGGAAUGUUAAUGCUUCUACUGCUUAUGCUGGUGUUGAUAAGAGUUAUGGUAAUGAAUUUCAUACAGAUGGUUCGGCCUCUCGUAUUCUUGAACGACAGGAAUAUUUACGUACCGUUGAAGUAACAGAAUUAGUGGAGAUAUUAGUAUUGUAUCUUCGUGCAACAGAAAAUAAACGAUUAGUAUCUGCUGAAGAGGAACAUGUUUUAUUCCCUGUUAUCAUGGAUCGAUUGAAUGAAUUACAUAUUCAACAAAUGCUUGAUAUUGUAGAAUGUCAUUGGGCACGAUCUACACUGGUCCGGUAUGGGAUUAAAUUUAAAGAUAUGGUACGUGAUCGAAUUGCGGUUAUUGCUUCUACAGCAGCCAAAGGAGCCUCACAGGAAGUUGAACGUGUGAAAGAUACAGAGAGUAAUCCAUAUAAUGAUAACGAUGAUGAUAUGGAUGAUGGAGCUGUAUAUAUACAUGAAGUAAAGAAAAAUACAUUAGAUCCUAUUCUUCUUAACGCACGUGAUGAAAUGAAUGCAGAGGGGGUAUUACGUUGUAUUAUUGUAAUGGGUAUGAGUGCAGGUAGACGUAAACGAGAUUUACAAUUUUUUCAAGCAUUAGGAAUAUUCCUUGUACAUCAUAUUAAUCGAUAUAAAGAUCCACAAGAUCUUGUUCGUGUGUUAACGGCCUUUGCACGUGCAAAGAUUAUUCCACCGAAGGGAUUUCUCGCUCUCUUAGGGCGUCGCUUUGCGGUACUAAAUAAACGAAAACCAUUAGGUGCUCUACCGAGUUAUAGAGCUUUGGUAAAUCUUUACAAAAUGGGGCAUGAUCAAAUGAAUUCAUUUAAAUUUCUCGCCAAUUGCAUAUAUGAGACGAUUGAAACUAAUAUUAAGAAUGAAAAGAAACAUGAACGGUUGAUAGAAUUACAACGUAAGAAAGAAGAAAAAGAAAAAGAAGAAGAUGCUCAACUUCAUUCUUCUUCUUCUUCAUCCACUACUACUACUAAUAUGAAUACAGUAAAUCAAACAUUAGAAAAAAAGUCUGCAGAUACUGCAGCUAUUAUAGGUGAUCUUGACCCACAGUUGUUGGUGGUUGUACGGGCAAGAGAACGCUUUAAGCGUUUAACAGAGUUAAAACCAUCUAUGUUCACAAAACUUCUUCUUGUUCUCGCACGGUUUGGGGCUCCUCAUCAACAAUAUUUACGUCCUACUAUAAAACCACUUAUUCUUCCUAUGUUAGGAUCUUUUCCACCACCAAGUUUUUCUCGUCUUUUACGUGCCAUGCGUUUAUUUCGAACAACAGAUCUUGAACUUAUUGAUCCAAUUAUUAAUUACAUAGUAGAUGAUAUUGGUGCUGCUGCUGUUCUUUCUGAAGAUAUAUUGGAAUUACUUCGUAUCAUAUCUCCACCAGAUGUACCUGUUCCUCAGAACCUCACUAAAUUUAUUACACUUUGUGAACAGGUAUAUUCUAAUAAGGAUGAACAUUUAUCUCGUCCUAUUCGUCCUAAUGAGAUGUGUGCGGUUGCCGCGGUUCUAUUGCAAAUUCAACGUAAAGAUGAUAUUCCACUUGAAGCUUUAGAUCCUCUUACACGUCUUAUGGAGAACUUUGCAGGUCGUUUACGUGAAUUAAUGAAGUUGCAUGUUGUCUCACUCACGCAUGUGGAUAUAUUUACAGAUCUCUGUCGUCAACAACAACAUCCUGAUAUCUCUGGAAAUAUAUCUGCCCUUAGUAAAGAAAGACGUGAAGUAAGUAUAAACGAGGGAGAUGAUGAGUAUUACAGUCAUCUUGAUAUUGAUGUACGUGAGACCUUUCAUAAGAUGAUGCUUGUAAAUGAUUACAACACGUAUGGUCAAUAUCGCCCAACGCCUGGUGUACUUCAGGUAGACUUUAAACAAGCCUUAACAGAAGUGAGUGCGUUUGAUGUGUUGGAGGCCACACACCUGUUUGCUCAGGCAUUUCCAAAUGCCCUGCAGCCCACAGUAGAGAGACAUCUUAGUCGAAGUAUCCUUGCAAAGCUUGGGAAUAGUGGAGAAGAAGUUAUUACACCCGAACACACUGUUGUGCUGCGUCCUCCGCGAGAGUUACUUCUUACGAAGGGAGAUCUUUUGAAGUUUGUGGAAUUACUUCAAUUGACACCACUAAAGCGAGUGAAAACUUCUACACUUGUCUGGCGAUUUGUGGAGGAAAAAGCAAAACGAUUGAAGAUGAUGGAGGUACUCGAAAAGGCAAAACAACAACAGGUAGAGGCUUCUCAACUCUCCGUUUAA